UCUCUCUCUCUCUCUCUGUGUGAACGAGAGUCCGAAAUUGGCUCUCCCCGACCAGAAAUUCAAAUCUUUGUCUUCCUAGGAAGAUAGUUCCCAGCGCUCCAAGCCUCCAAUUUCUUCGAUAUCUACGGACCUCAAGUUACCCUCCUUCUCUUGAAUUGUUUACAUAUUUUUCGCAUUGACUAUUAAGUUUAGAAUACUUAUUGAACACAAAGAAUUUAUACUCGUUUAAUAGAUGAUUCUGCAUGAUUCGGGGAUGUUUUGCCAACCCAAUGAACAGUAUUACGAACAGAAUUCUCCAUCUCUUUAGCAAUUGUACUUCUGCCACUCACUUUCACCAAAUUCAGGCCCAACUAAUCCUCCAAAACCUCCACUCAAACACCACCAUUGCCCACCACUUCAUCGCUGCCUCUCAAUCGUUAGGGCUUUUGGACUCCACUCUCACCCUCUUCGCCCAACUCCACAGACCCCAUGUUUUCAUUUGCAACACUCUCAUCAGAGCCUUCUCUCACUCCCACAUCCCUCACACUCCUCUUUCUAUAUACACCCACAUGCACAGAAACUCUAUUACUCCUAAUAACUACACCUUCCCUUUCCUCCUCAAGUCCUUGUCUGACUUCCGUGAUCUUAAACAAGGCCAAUGCCUACAUACCCACGUCAUAAAAUUGGGUUAUCUUAAUGAUAUUUAUGUCCAAAAUUCGUUGUCGCAUGUGUAUGCUUCAUGUGGCCAUAUGGGAUUAUGUCGGCGAUUGUUCGAUGAAAUGCCUCAAAGAGAUGUUGUGUCAUGGACGGUUUUGAUUAUGGGGUAUAAGGAUGUUGGGGAGUAUGACGAUGCGUUGAUUGCUUUUGAACAAAUGCAAUAUGCGGGCGUGGUGCCGAAUCGUGUUACUAUGGUCAAUGCGCUAGCGGUGUGCGCAAAUUUCGGGGCCCUUGAAAUGGGUGUGUGGAUUCAUGAUUUUAUAAAGAGAAGUGGGUGGGGAUUGGAUGUGAUUUUGGGGACUGCUUUGAUUGACAUGUAUGGAAAAUGUGGGAGAAUUGAAGAGGGGUUAGGUGUUUUCAGAAGCAUGGAGGAAAAGAAUGUGUUUACGUGGAAUGCACUUAUUAAAGGGCUAGCUCUUGCUAAGAGUGGGGAGGAUGCCAUUUGGUGGUUUAAUAGAAUGGAGCAAGAAGGAUUCAAGCCUGAUGAAGUGACUUUGAUUGGGGUGCUUUGUGCUUGUAAUCACUCGGGGUUAGUAGAUACUGGUCAGCGAAUCUUUGGUUCCUUGAUUGAUGGGAAGUAUGGGUUUUCACCCAGUACCAAACAUUAUGCUUGUAUGGUUGACCUUUAUGCUCGUGCUGGAUGUCUGGAAGACGCUUUCAAAUUAAUAAGAGAUAUGCCUUUUGAGCCUUCUAAAGCUAUAUGGGGAUCAUUGCUUGCUGGUUCUAAAGCGCGGGGGAAUUUGGAAUUCGGUGAGUUUGCAGCUUGGAAGCUUGUGGAACUGGAGCCAGAGAAUAGUGCUUACUAUGUUGUGCUGUCUAACCUGUACGCAGAGAUGGGAAGAUGGCGUGAUGUUGAGAAAGUGAGGAUUCUGAUGAAAGAUAGAGGACUUAGGAAGGACUUGGGUUGUAGUUCUGUGGAACCUGAACCCCAGGAGAAUGUUUAUGAGUUUUUAGCACAAUAAGUCACCUGCAUGGAAGAGAAAGAAUCUUACAGUUUGUUCAAUAGAGGUGACUCCGUUUGAUUGUUUGCACUUCAUUACUCAAAACAAAGACUUGUAAAAUAAUUAACCAUACUUACAUCAAACAGUUAGCCAAGUUGUAGAA